AUGAAAUUCAGCCUCUUUACCCUUGCCACAGUUGCCUCCACGGCUUCUGCCUUCACUUCUUCCUUCACCAAGACCACACCUGUGGCCGCUGGUGUUGCCAACAGUGAUAGCGCCCUUUUCAUGAAGUACAAGGUCGCUGUUGUUGGAGGAGGACCUGCCGGAGCCUGUGCUGCCGAGAUCUUUGCCCAGGAAAAGGGAAUUGACACUAUUCUUUUCGAACGUAAGCUUGACAAUGCCAAGCCAUGCGGAGGUGCCAUCCCACUUUGCAUGGUUGGUGAAUUCGACCUUCCCGAGACUGUUGUUGACCGUAAGGUCCGCAAGAUGAACUUGAUCUCCCCCACUGGAGUUGAGGUUGAUAUCGGUGACACACUCAAGCCCGAUGAAUACAUUGGUAUGUGCCGUCGUGAAAUCCUUGACAAGUACAUCCGGGACCGUGCUUUCGAGUACGGAGCCGAAUGUGUCAACGGUUUGGUCACCAGCAUUGAUGUUCCCGAGGACCACAAGACCAGCGAAAGCCAAUACACCAUCAACUACCAAGAAUACCAAGAGGGAUCCUCUGCCGGUGUCCCCAAGACCAUGAAUGUUGACUUGAUUGUUGGUGCUGACGGUGCCAACUCCCGUGUCGCCAAGGCCAUGGAUGCCGGUCUCUACAACUUCGCCAUUGCCUUCCAAGAGCGCAUCAAGAUCCCCGAUGACAAGAUGGCUUUCUACGAGGAGAUGGCUGAGAUGUAUGUCGGUGAUGAUGUCUCCCCCGAUUUCUACGGAUGGGUCUUCCCCAAGUACGACCACGUUGGAGUUGGAACCGGUACCGUUCUCAACCGUCCUGCCAUCAAGCAAUACCAAAAGGCCAUCCGUGACCGUGCCGGAGACAAGAUUGCCGGAGGUAAGAUCAUCAAGGUCGAGGCCCACCCCAUCCCAGAACACUACCGCCCUCGUCGUGUCCAAGGACGUAUCGCUUUGGUUGGUGAUGCCGCCGGAUAUGUUACCAAGUGCUCUGGAGAAGGUAUCUACUUCGCUGCCAAGUCUGGACGCAUGGCCGCCGAAGAAAUUGUUGCCCUCAUGGACGGAGGAAAGAAGCUCCCCACCCAAGGCGACAUCGAACGAACCUACAUUGCCAAGUACGACAAAGCUUACGGACCCACCUACGCUGUCUUGGAUGCCCUUCAGAAGGUCUUCUACUCCAACAACGGUGCUCGUGAGGCCUUUGUCGAACUUUGCAACAGCAAGUACGUCCAACAAGUCACCUUCGACUCCUACCUUUACAAGAGGGUCCAAGGAAACAACCCUCUUGAUGACAUCAAGCUUCUCGGAGAAACCAUCGGAUGCUUGAUCAAGGGAUACGCCACCGCCAAGCCCGAUGCUGAGUUCUCCAACCCCAUCGAGAGCCAGAAGCGCAUCUAA